GUAUGGAAGGCUAUGACGGACGUUGCCCGGAUCAGUCAAGAAACCGUGUUGAAAACCGGCAUGUUUAUCCGGCUAGAAGCCGUUCGGACGGAGGAGCAUCAGACAAAGUACGUGCCGCUGUCAUGGGCCCAAACCACGAAGGAUUUGGUAAGCUGGUAA